AUCGGAAGUUGAUGUGACAUGAGUCUAAACAAGAGCAGCAAAUCUCAUAAUCGCUCAAACUUUUGAAAGUACAGAGUAUAUUGAAAAAAAUUGGCGAGGUCAACAGCCGAUUUGACCACGAAUCAUGAUGCUACAAUAUAAACUCACAGUGUUUCUUACUCUAUGCGUUUUAUUUUCAUUCGUUGUUGAAAACGAAUGUUAUAUCGGCAUAGUAGACUUUAGCACAUACAGGACUGUGACGAACUUUGCAGAUGAGUGUGUCAAAUGGAAGCACCUCAAACAUAUGCCUAUCAGGCGCUUGAAAAAACUUAAAAGGGUAAGUAUCGGAAGUUCUCUUGAGCAGAGGCGUAAAAAAUGGGUAGUUUGGGUGUGAUUCUGUUCAAUGCAACAGUUUUGAUUGUCCAAUUCGAAAAACUGUUAAAUUUUUCUGAUCCUUCCAUCCGUUUUUGAGGUUUGACAUCACUUGAAGAACUGAUGGAAAUCCGAAUCGCCUCCAUAGGAGCCAAUGGGACAAUUAUUCUGUUUUUAUGAAUUAAAUGAAACAAGUUUCAAAAACGAUUGUGCUAUAAAGUUUUCCAAAAGGUGUUAAGGAAGCCAUAACAUCGGCAUAUCCUUUAAAGACUAUGAGUCAGUCGAAAUAGUUUCGAUCUUAUUCAAAUGUUGGAUAUCUCUUUCUUUGAAAUCACAGUUCAGACUUGAGGAUGAAGUUUGCUUCCAAAUUAAACAGAAGUAUUGCCCUUCAGAAACUGAUCAGCUUACCAAGGAAGGAAAUGAACAGAGAACUGUACCACUUCAUUAAAGAGUCAAUGAAUAUAAUUAAAAAUAAUAUUGAAAACAAUAUUUAUAAUGUUCCCU